AAUCUUUGUGUAUGUGCAUUUUUUUUUACAUAUAUAUUGUUUAUUAUUAUUGUUAACACUGUAAAUUAAAGCCUCAUGUUCUGUACAAGGUGCGGAAAAGUUCAAAUGACUUAUACGCAAGAUGUUGAUGUUAAAAUAACUAAAAACAUUCAACGAAUUGAUUGUAAACUGUGUAAAAGUUUCAUAAUUAUUGUAGAAAAUAAUAAAAUUGUUAAUAUUGACGAUAAAUUUGAUGAUUGUGUUGACAAUUCCUGGAUAAAAGUUACUAGUGAUCGAGAUAAAGUAAUUUAUUAUGUGCUAAGUCAAAUAAUUUAUCGGGAAAUGGAUACUCCGUGUGAGGAUAAAUUUGAAUCAAUUUAUGAUCACGCGGAUGAUAAUGAUGAUAUAUAUUUAAAGUGGAUUGAUAAAAAACCUGUUGGAUUUUAUACCAUUAAACCAAAAGGAACUGUGAUUUAUGGGACAAAUAAAUAUUCAAUGACGACUUUGGACACAGCUUACAUCAGGUCUCAGUACAGAAACAAAGGAUUGGGCUUAGAAAUAAUAAAUGACAUUAUUGAACGCUAUCCGAAUGAAGAUAUUGGAUUUUCAAAGCCAAUUUCCUAUGGUAUGCAACGCGUGUUAAAUAAAUUUUUGACGCAACACAAAGAAUACCGACGACGUUUUUGGGAAAUUCAAGACGGAGGUAUCGAGGGGUCUGUUAAAUUAAUAUGGUUCAUUUUACGAAGCCAACUGCAAAAAUCAUAGUUAUAAUUUAUUUGAGAAAAAUAAAUUUUCUUUAGUAAUAAAUUAUUGAUUAAUAAAUUUUUUGUAAAUAUACAUAUUUUAUAAUUAUUUUAAUUAAACUGUCACUUUAA